CUAAAGCCAAAACAUUGAUCAGAGCUGUUUAGUACUGUCUAUUACAAUUCAUUCAGUUUGUGCUGCAUCCUGACAUGCUGAUGAUGUUCGGUGCUGAGCCAAGUGGAUUCUCCGUGUCCCUUGGCCUUUUCCUGCUCUUCUUGGUUCUUCUGUACUGGUAUUCCACCUCCCCCUAUUCGGUCUUGCAGCGAUGUGGCAUCCGACACCCCAAACCAGCUCCGUUCUUCGGAAACAUGAUGCUGUUUCGACAUGAUUUUUUCAAAGCUCAGAAGGACCUGGUCAAGCAGUACGGCCGAGUGUGUGGUUAUUAUCUAGCCAGACAGCCAGUGGUGGUGAUAGCUGACCCAGACAUGCUCAGACAGGUUAUGGUGAAGGAGUUUCAUAACUUCCCAAACAGAAUGUUAUUUAGGAUGGCUACAAAGCCGAUGAAGGACAGUCUUGUCAUGCUGAGGGAUGAACAGUGGAAACGAGUACGCAGCAUCCUCACACCAACCUUCAGCGCAGCCAAGAUGAAAGAGAUGGUCCCUCUUAUCCAUGUAGCUACAGAAACAUUACUGAACAACCUGAAGGCUUACGCGGAGUCUGGAGAGAGUGUCGACAUCUACAGGUGUUUUGGUUGCUUCACUAUGGAUGUGAUAGCAAGUGUGGCGUUUGGCAUGCAAGUGGACUCCCAGAACAACCCCAGCGACCCAUUUGUGCACUACGCCUCCAAGUUCUUUGCCUUCUCUUUUUUCCGACCCAUCAUGUUCAUCUUCAUGACUUUCCCGUUCCUGAUUGGGCCGUUCGGUGGCUUGAUGCGAGAUAAAGACAGCAGUGCGAUGAGCAGGUUCUUCACCACUUGCAUUCAGAAACUUAUAAAGCAGAGGGAUGAAUUGCCACCUAGUCAGAGGCGGAGGGACUUCCUGCAGCUGAUGCUGGAUGUGAGGAGCAGUAAGGAAUGUGUAUCCCUGGAUCACUUUGACGUGGUCAAUCAAGCAGAUGAGCAAGUUGUGGCUGACGGAAAGUCAGAAAGCUCCCGUGAGUCGGCAAAACGCAGCCAGCAGAAAAGGAUGAUGACGGAGGAUGAGAUCGUAGGCCAGGCCUUCAUCUUCCUCGUCGCUGGCUAUGAGACAAGCAGUAACACUCUUGCAUUCGCCUGCUACCUGCUGGCCACCCACCCGGACUGUCAGAAGAAAGUACAGAGAGAGCUGGACAACUUCUUAAGCAGACACGGCUCCGUAGAUUACACUAAUAUUCAGGAGCUGAAGUAUUUAGACAUGGUGGUGUGUGAGACUCUGAGACUGUAUCCACCAGCAUUUAGAUAUAUGCGCUCUAUUGAGCAUGACUGUGUGGUGAAUGGACAGUUGCUGCCUAAAGGAGCUACACUAGAGAUCCCAGCAGGCUUCCUGCAUUCUGACCCAGAGCACUGGCAUGAGCCGGAGAAAUUCAUACCUGAAAGGUUUACCCCUGAAGCCAAGGCCAGUCGACACCCUUUCGUGUACCUGCCAUUCGGAGCAGGGCCUCGCAGCUGUGUGGGCAUGAGACUGGCCCAGCUGGAGAUUAGGAUGGCACUGGUCAACAUCUUUAAAACAUUUAAUCUGAUGGCAUGUGAGGACACCGAGGUUCCUCUUACUUUAAAGUCAAAUACCACCCUCGGACCCAAGAAUGGAGUUUUUGUCAAAAUUGCCAAGAGAGAGAAUUUUGGUGAUGCACAAAAAUAGACAGUGAUUCCUGUGAGCCUGAUUUUAAGAAAGAAAAAAAAAACUUCUAUAAUCUUGUGAUUAGUAUGUGAAUAAUAGAGGAUAUUACUGAUAUAAUUUUGUAAAAAUACACCAUAUGAAUAUUCAGCCUAAUUAUAUAAACUGAUGUUCCUAAUCUCUUUUACAUUUGAUUUCUUGGAAAUAACAAAUUGCUUUACUCAUUGUAAAUCUACACAAAAGGACAAAAUCUUAUCAUAUUGGGAUCAAGACCAAAGAAUAACAACAGAAGGGACAAUAGGGUGGGAUUCAUCAAAUUAAUGAUUAAUGGUUAAUGAUUCAUUUCAAAUGACUGUAGAUUGCACUGUCAUGGCACCCGUGUAUUAAAAAAAUUCUAAUU